GUAAGUACUUCGUGGCAGUCUUUGACAUAUGCGUGGAAGUGUGGAACGUCAAAUAAAUAUUAAUCAGUAAAACUGUAGUGUUUUUUGUGUUGCAAGUUAUUUUACGCUUCCAACAAUUAUAUAAGUUAUUUGAGCUAUAUUCUAAUCGGAUUGCUAAUGAAAAUGGGCAGACUAGCAGAAGCCGAGGAAUGUUUGUUACAUUAUUUGCAAAACCUGAGUCAAAAUAAUGAUGACUUUAUUGUGGGACUUAUUUCCGGCCAACCAACUCAAAAUAAAGACUUAAUAAUUCAUUUGGCUCGUACACCGGAAAUUAAGGUAGCAAAUGAAGGAAUCGAUGAAACUGAAUCUAUCAAAACUAGCGCGGUUUCGCAUAAGAAGAAAAACUCUAAUAAGUGUUUGACGCACAUAUCAGAUAACUGGGUUGCAAAUCAUGCUCUCUAUACAACAAGGAUGUUACCAGGUGGGAUGUUUGUUUUAGGUAUAUUUAUUGUGUCGCCAGAAGGUCUGUUCGAGAAUACUAUACAAAUGAUAAAAGUUCGAUCAAUGUUAACGCAAAUAUACAAGGUUUUGAAAGAUAAUAAAUAUUUGUAUGCUUUGCCAGACCAAAAUUCUUUCGAAAAGUUAGUUUUACAUUUCCAUACAACUUCAAAGACCUAUUUAUGUAAAAGUAUUAAUAUCGAUCAAGAGUUUAAACUAGAUAUAAAACUCUCUAACAUUGAUUGGAAAUUCAUACCGCAGGCUCAAAAUCCAGAUUGGUUCCAAUUGGAUUGCUAUUAUGAAUUAGAUGAUAUAUUUCCGCUAAAGACUAAUAAUAAUGAAGUUUCUAUAAAACGUCAAUAUGAAUCAAUAUUGAGUUUUAUUUCAAAAUUGGUGUGGAGCGCUACUAUGUUUGUUGAUGGUGAAGUUAAAGACAAUGACAUGACUCUUGAAUCUAUCUUGCGAGAAAAGAAUUCUCAGCAUAAUAGUGGUGAAUAUAGUAGAAGUUCUAAAAGGUCAUUGUAUGAGUAUGACGAUGAAGUGUUAGAUAGAAAUCUAUCUAUUUCGAUGUUUGUUCCUAGUGAUAGCUCAGCGCAACCUAAUUCAGAACUUUUGUCAGGAAAAGAUUCUGUAGUAAAAUUGCCAGGUUCUGUUAGUUUUUCUGGAAUUGUAUCUAGUAGCGUGUGGAUGCAUAAUUCUUGUAAAUUGUCUGAUGCACAUAACGCAAUAAGGAGCGACAUAAUGCGAUCAUUACAAGCUCGUAUACAAAUUUGCUGCGACUCUUUAGAUACCGAUACAGUUGAAGAUCGCAUAUUAAUAUCUGAACCCCCAAGACGGGUGUUGAUUCCUUCAAAAUCUAAGGUCUGCUUUAGCGAUUAUAUAUUCAAUGGGGAAACAGUAAGCGAGGCUGUACUGUCAGCUCAUGAAGUUCUAGAUCUAUUUAUCGAAGAAGAUAAAAUUAUUUCUGACAUUGAACAUCCCGCAGAUAACUCGGAUGAAUGUAAGAUUCUGCACAAUGCAAAAAGCGGAGAAUCUAUUUUGUACAGCUCUCGAGAUCAGUCCAAUCAAGGACAUAGAGAUACUAAUACAAUUAUGAUUGUAUCGGGCAUUGUUGUAUCGCUUCUUGUACUUCUUCUGAGUUUGUUAAUUCAUUUUUAUUCUAAUUUGCAUUUAAGCAGCGCACUGUACACCAUCGGUACACAUAGCAUGGAGCGUUCUUUCUUAUCAGCGGGAGAUUGUCCGAGUGGUAACGUCGGCGAAUUGUAA